AUUUCAAAUGGAACGUGUGCAAACUUGGAAAGAUCUUGUCAAGUGCCGUAAAGCUCAAAAUGGUGCGAAUAUUCCGAGAAACUUUGCUUUCUUGGACAAUCGGUUCUUGCUCUUUCUUGGUAUUGACGCAAGUAUUGAAAUAGACUGUCCUACUAGCCAUUUAUAUUAUGUUGCUUUAUCUAAGGAUAAUAUUAGUCCAUCUAGUGUCGCAGACUUGGAAUGGAAACCUCUUUCUCAAAGUUUACAAAGUUCCUUGAAACAGCAACUCUCAGAAGAAGACUCAAAAAUAAAGAAUGCCAAAGAAGUUUCAAAAGAAGAGGAACUUUUAAAAGAAAGACAGCGACGUUCAUUCGAAGGAUUAUGUUGUUAUUUAUUUCAUCCCUCUACUCAACGCUUAUUAUUACCACAAGGCACACAUUUGGAUGUUUUCUCUUAUAGCAAUCCCAGUUCUUCUUCUUCAUUGGAUGAAGCUUUUCAACUCUUCAACUCCUAUCAAGCAUCGGAAGGAUAUUUAGAUCCAAAAUGGAGUCCUGAUGGUCGUUAUAUAAGUUUUAUUCGUGAUGGUGAUAUUUGGUUAUUAUGUGUAAACGAUAGUUUAGAAACUCGCUUGACCUUUUCAGAACAUAAUGUUUCAUGUGGUGUUGCGGAAUAUAUUAUGCAAGAAGAGUUUGAUCGCUUCACUGGUUAUUGGUGGUCACCCAGUUUGGUUUAUUUGAGCACUAACUUAUCCUAUUAUUGUAUUUUAUAUUUGGAAGUCGAUCAAUCCAUGGUUCCUCUUCAUAAAGGAAUUUGUUGGAAUACUAGAAUGGAAGCAGAAGAACUGCGUUAUCCUCGUGUGGGUGAUCCAAAUGCCAUAGCAGAGCCUCGAGUUUUAUUUCUUCCGUUUUCAGAGAAUAUUACAUUUCCUUCAGAUACUAAAGAGGAUAGGAAUAGCAAUAUAAAGUUCUGGAAACCUCAACGAAGCAUUUAUCAACAGUUUCCUUGGGCAGAAUAUAUUGUACGUGCUGGAUGGUUUACAGAUGAUUCAUUUUCGAAUGAGCUGAACAUUCACUCUCAUGGGAAAGAUCGAGAUGACUUGAAGUAUUCUUCUUCUUCUUCAUAUAGUAAUUGUUACUUUUGGCUCGCAUUGUUGGAUAGAUCUCAGCAGCACUUUGCCAUUGUUCUUUUUGAUAUCACUUCCGAUUUAGGAGAAGGUGUGGUGCUUUGGGAAGAGAUACAACCAAAAUGGAUAAAUGUUCCCGACUUUAUCUUGUUUCUUCAUGAAGAUACAGAGUUGAGUGCUCCAAGUGAACAUUUGACUGCUGCGAUGAAAUACGAUGAUAAUGUUGAUUCUAUUGAUAGGAUGCAUGCAUGUAUCAUUUGUCCUCAACAAAGAAUCGAAUCUAAACACUUGGCAAGAAUUCCUCAACGAAUUAACUUUUUGAUGAUUUCCGAAGUUAGUGGAUACGCGCAUUUGUAUUAUAGUCAAGUCCGCUUUCAAACUCAUGAUAGUCUUUCCGAAUGUCAAUUGUUUUAUCAACCACUUACAGUUAAUGCAAUGGAAGAUGAUGAUGCUCAUUCUCUUUCUUUGAUUACUUCCAUCAGAUACGUUGACCACCGCAAAGGCUACAUCUAUUUUAUGGGAGUAUGUCAAUCUUCUUUAGAAAAGCAUCUGUAUCUAUGGAAGAAACCAGGAAUAGUGCAACGUCUAACAGAUGGAGAUACGAACUGUAUGGAAUGUUGUUUUAGACAAGAUUCGAAUAGAAUAGUGAUUCAGUCUACCAGUCUUACACAGUUUCCAGAAACAUAUAUUAUGGAUAAGGAAGAGACACCCAAUGAGUUCAAGUUGAUAACCAAAUGGAAAAUAGCUAAUCGGCAGAUACAUCCCUCUUUGGAAUUCUCAAUACCACGAAAUCCUCCACUACUUUUUCAUUUCGAAGUUGAAAAGGAUGUCAUAUUAUAUGGAUGCUUGUAUUUACCAUCUAGUUUACAAAUACAACGAGCAUCUGUGACUAAAACUAUCGAUAUACGUUCUCUGUCCCAUUAUAUCCAAGGCUCAAAUAGUAGUUAUCCUCUUUUGUUGAUUGUAUAUGGUGGUCCUCAUGUACAAUUGGUUUCAAACGAUUACCGAUUAACUGCUCAAUUGAAAUAUCAGUAUUUGGCAUCUCAAGGAAUCAUUUGUAUGAUGUUAGAUAACAGAGGGACUUUGAAUAGAGGACAUGAAUUUGAAACUCAAAUUUAUCAAAGGUUAGGUCAAAUAGAAGUAGAUGAUCAGAUUGCUGCGUUGCGAGUUGUGAUUGGACAGGGACUUGUAGACCCUAAGCGAACGGCCGUUUUUGGUUGGAGUUAUGGAGGUUAUAUGUCAUUGAUGCUCUUUGCGAAACAUAACAAUCUUUUUCGAAUAGCUAUUGCUGGAGCUCCCGUAGUCCAUUGGAAAGAUUAUGACAGUGGUUAUACGGAGAGAUAUAUGGGUUUGUUAACCAAGAAUUCUCAAGGAUAUUCACAGUCUUCUGUUUGUAAUUGGAUUGCUCAACUUCCUCAUGAAGAAGGUCGCCUUGUUUUGGUACAUUCUCUUUCUGAUGAGAAUGUCCAUCCACAACACACUUUUCAACUUAUUGACUCUCUUAUUCAACAAGGAAAACCGUAUACCUUUUAUUUGUUUCCCCGAGAAAGACAUGGCUUGAGAGACUUGUCCUCACAAGUUUAUUUUGAACAUUGUUUUGGAAAAACCUUGUAUCAGUGGAUCAUGAAAUAAAUGUGUUCAUACAUAUAUAUACAUAUAUAUAUAUAUAUAUAUA